UCACUGCGCACCCACCACCUCCGCGGGGCUGUUAUCGACGGGAAACUUCCCGAUCCGAGGAGCCAGUCGCCUGAUUGCGCCUCCCGUGCGUCUCCGUGGCACCCCGGCAGUGGAACGCCCCAUCCUCUUGGUUCGCUGGGUCGAGGAGGACCGUUUAGCCAGGUUGCAUUCUCGGCGAUCCUGCCGAACGGCAACCAGUUUCCAAGCCAGCCGUACACUUGGUGACGCCGCUGCGAAACGGCCCCCCAAAUUACCUCGGCCAUGUCUACUCCUUGCGCCGUCCCCCGGACGGUUCCCAUUGCCAUUGCGCCAAAACCGCCGCGCUUCCCUCCGAGCCGUCAAAGCAGCCUACACCUCGAUUCGUACCCUGGGCUCCGGAGCGGCUUCGACUCGCCGGACUCGGACUCGGUAAUAAGUGGAUCCUCGGGCCCUUGCGAGGCCUGUCUGAACCGGAGGAGCGAUUGUGUCAUGGGCGACGACGAGGAAAGCUGUGUUGCAUGCUUGGUGGCCGGCACCGAGUGCUCGAUGGUUGACAGCCCACCACCACCACGCAAGCGCAAGCUGAAUGGCGGUGACCUAGAUGGCAGCAGCAGCAAACGAAGUUCUCCUGGCCGCUCUGAUAUCAGGCGGAGACGGCAUCAGCAGCAGAGCGUCUCGUGCACCACGGCCAGCAGCUCGCUCGUCGAGGAUAUGGCCAACUUCGGCGGUCCGACGCUGCUCAAACGCACCCUCGGCCUCCAGGCGGACCGGUAUAGCCAGUAUAUCGGGCCGACCACCGACUUCGAGCCCUCCCUGAUCAACCUCUCCCCCUUUGACCCGCACGACGAGAGCCUCCUAGCACGCGGUACGCUCAGGAGGGUCAGCGACCAAGACACGUUCCUGCUGCUGCCCGACCACAACACGCCGGGCUACGAACACAUCUUCAACGACGCCGACGAGAUCGAGAACAUUGUUGCCCCGCAUGGCCGCAAGCUGAUCGACCUGUACUUCCGGGUCGUACACCCGGGCUUCCCCAUCAUACAGAAGACCGUGUUCCUCGAGAAGUACGAGCGGUCGCACCGCGAGUUCUCGCCUCCGCUGCUCGCCGCCAUUUAUCUCCUGGCCAUCAACUGGUGGGAGCACCACGAGGAGCUCGCGAGCCUCCCGCGGCCCAAUGUGCGCGAGCUCGAGAGGCUGGUGCGGACGACGUUGGCCGACGCCAUGUACCGGCCGAAGCUGUCGACAAUCCAGGCCGGGCUCAUUCUGUCGCAGCGGCCCGAGGGAGACCAAUGGGCGCCGACGGCCCAGCUCGUCGCCAUCGGCCAGGAGCUCGGCUUGCAUCUAGAUUGCAGCCACUGGAAGAUCCCGCCGUGGGAGCGCGGUCUCCGGAAACGGCUGGCUUGGGCGUUGUAUAUGCAGGACAAAUGGGGUGCGCUCGUCCACGGGCGGCCAUCGCACAUAUUCGCCCCCAACUGGGCCGUCCAGCAGCUGAAGCCGAACGACUUCCCGGACGUGGAAUGGGACGAGAACGAUGGCGAAGAGCGCAUCGAGAUCGAGCGCGGACGGGUGCUGUUCGGGCAGAUGGUGCAGCUGUCGCAGAUCCUCGCCGAGAUCCUCGAGACCUUCUACACGCUGCAGGCGGCGCAGGCGGCCACCAACGCGGGCGCGCAGGCCACGCAGCUGAUCCUCUCGCUCGCCAAGCCGAUCCAGCUCAAGCUCAAGGAGUGGUACAGCGCCCUGCCUGCCGUCGUGCGCAUGGACUCGUCCUUCCAGAGCCCCGGCCUCGUCCACCAGCAGCCCAGCCCACGCUUCUCCAGCAUCGGCUACCUCCACCUCGCCUACUUUGCCACCGAAAUCACCCUCCACCGACGCAUCAUCCGCUCCAUGGACACCUCCUCAGCGGCAACAACAACAACAACAACAACAACAACAACAACAACAACAACAACAACAACAACAACAACAACAGUAGGAGGCGGAGGAGGAGGAGGCAGCACGACGCCCACCACCACCAAUCCCGCCGCCACCGCCGCCGCCGCCAUCUCGCCCUCACUUUCUUCCGUACUAACCCCCGGCGGCGUCGGCGUGGAUCCGUACGUGCAGCACAUCUGCCGCAGCGCGGCCAAAGCCCGCCUGAUCUCCGCCAUGGACUUCGUCAACCGCCUGACGCCGUCUCACCUGCGGUCGUUCUGGUACUUCGCCUCCAAGACCAACUUCGCGCUGAUCGGCACCUUUGGCUCGCUGCUGUGGGCGACCUCUCCCGGCCGCGAGGAGGCCGAGUGGUACCGCCGCCGCCUGGCCGAGUACCGCUGGACGCUGUCGGUGUCGUCCAAGCCCGGGGAGGGUAAGGGGCUGACCGAGUUUGCCAUGGGCAUGCUGGACAUUUCGACCGGGUUGUUGAAAAAGCUGCCUGAGAAGCCGAGCCUGAGCAGGAGUGGGAGUGCCGUGGAUAUUGAUGCUGCCAGGCGCCAGAGCUUGCUUGCCCUUGGUGGGACCGGCAAUACCGCCAGUGGGUUGUCGCGUAUGGGGAUGGGGAUGGGUGGUCAUGGGUUUGGUGGUGGUGGUGGUGGUGGUGGUGGUGGAGAAGAAGGACGACAUAGCGCCGAGGCCAGUGUGAUGCAGAGCCCACCGAGCGAGGAGAGCGAGAGUUCGGAGGAGGGGGUGUAUGGCAAUUUCUCGGCCACGGCGGGCAUGGCGGGGAUGGGCGACUGAGAAGGUUUAUAUAUAUUGAUAUCGAUGGUGGUGGUUCGUUCGUCCUCGGCUGGAUGGGCUUUUGCGAGGGAUUCCAGCUGGGAUAUCGCUGGGGAAUCUCAGGUCGAAUCGGGCUGGGAGAGACGCAUAUGAGGGACGCCGGCUAUUCUUUAUUCGCUCUUUUGGCUCGCUGCGGAAAUGUUGGAUAUUUGGCGAUCUCGUGAGCGGAAAAAGAGAAUGGCGGCUGUUGGCGCGGGCAUGGCGUGCCGAGCACGCGAUCUGCUCAACAACCAGUAGCGCGGCGUGUGGCUGAGGGGUCCUGGCCCGGGGCUGGAUGGCGUCAUUUUGUCCUGGGACUGUGUCUGAAAAUCUC